GGUAAAUUUGGCAUUAACGAGCAUCCCAUAAAGGACGUGACCGGCGCCCUUCUGGAACUUUAUGAUAAUAGAUUGUCCUCGCCUGAGCGCGCCGAUAGUGAUCGUAGUAGACAUGCCUGAUGCCAAGAUAAUUAAAUCUUAGUUCCGGCGCUCUUCUGGUGGCAGGGCCGCGAAUGUGCUCCCCACGUUUUGUGCGCCGGGGGGCGUGCGCCAGCCUCGCCCUGCUCCUGUUAGCUAUCGGGGCGAGCGGAACACGUCCACGAGCAUCAGAAGCAUAUGGGAACCUUCGAGGCUCUAAGGCGGCAACGCACGAGCUGGACGUGUCCGCACAUGAGCUUUUGCAGCGGUGCAAGGCUGACGCGGCGUGUGCCAGCGCGCUCUCAGCAUUGCACGGCUCUGGCACGGCCCGCCUAGGCCUGGCGGGGACAGACGCCGGCGCAGCCUCAGGCGUGGAGGCGAAGCGCCUGGAGGUGGAGGUGAAGGGCCUGGAGGCCGCUGCAGCAGUGCUGGAUGGCAGCGAUGGGCCUGCUUCGCGCCUGGGGGCUGGCAGCGAGGCGCAUGCGGAGCUGCUGGAUUCGGCGCUGCUGCUGGUGGUGGCGGCUGACGACCAGACCACCAGUCUGGAGCUCAAGGCCGUGGCGGCGCUGGUGUUGUUUCUGGAGGCAGUGGCGGGCAUGUACCUGCCGUUGGCGCUGCGCCGCCUGCCGCACCACCAGUGGUGGCUGUCACUGCUCAACUGCUUCAGCGGCGGCAUCUUCUUGGCCGCGGGCAUCGUGCACCUGCUGCCGCACUGCGCCGAGGCGCAGGAGGCUCUGGGCCCGCUGCCUCCGCCCUGGCUGCCGCGCUGGCUGCGGCCGCUGCUGCCGCCCGACUACCCGCUGUACCUGGUGCUGGUGGUGUGGGGCUACUGCCUGGUGUUCUGGGUGGAGCGGGUGCUGUUCGACGUGCACGGCGAGGGCCACAGUCACUGCCAGCACUCCAACGUGUUCAGCCACAGCAGCUACUACAAGCAGUUGUCGCACCGGCAACGGGCGCCCCCUGGUGGCGGCGCGGGCAGUGGUGCCGGCGGGAGCACAGAGCCUGAUGCAGCCGCCCACGGACUCGGGCACUCGCAUGCGCACAGUCACGGGCACGGCUGUGGUGACACCCAUGGCUUCACCCACGGCCCUACCGCUCACAGCAGCUACAACCCACCCCAAGCCCUGGCCCCAGGCCCAGGCAGCCGUUUUGCCCCCCGGCUGCUAGCCAUCACACUGCACGGCGGUAUCAACGGCGUCAGUGCGGUCACUGGCGGCGCGCCGGCGGCUGGCGCGGCUGGCGGGUUGCCUGUUGGCGGCGGUGGCAGCCCAGAAGGCGGCAGUCCCGACGGCUGCAGCCCCUGUGCUGGCGGCAGCGGCGGCGGCGGCGGCGAGGCUACCGGCGGGGUGGAAGGAAGCACGCAUGGCGGCGCAGCCACAGGGCUGGGCUCGGCCGCGGACGAUGAGCAGACGCCGCGGCGGCCGCAGCUACGAGCCAAGUACGGUGGCGUGCCCCUGCCGCCGCCGGCCCCGCCGCCACAACAACAGCUGCCGUACAACCCAGCCGCCGCUACCAUUCCCACGCCUUCGGUUGGCUGCUGCAACCACCACAACCACAACAACCACAACCACAACGGCCAAAGCGGCCACAACGGCCACGGCCACGACGGCGGCGUCAUGGGCAAUGGACACGCGCACGGGCACAGCGGCGCCAGCCUGUCUAGAUCUGCGCCGACGCCGCUACUGCCCGCGCCUCCUGGGCCACCGCCGCAGCAGCUGCAGCUACAGCCGGGGGUACCCCCGCUGCCGGCACCAAUUGCAACUAUCGCCGAGCUCCAUGAGGUGGUGGCGGCGGCGGCAGCUAGCGGCAACACCGGCGGCGUUGCCGCAGGCGGUGCGGGUGGCGGGGAUGAGGACGCGUCCAGCUGUCACAGCGAGCACAGCCCUCGCGCGGUGUGCAUCUGCGUGGAAGAGGUGGAGAAUGCCCAGGUGGCGCCGUCGUCCUCGGCAGCGGCCCUGCAGUCCGUCGGUCAUGCAUGGUCACGCCAUGAGCCGCACGGCGACGGCAGAGGCCGGCACAGCCGUCGCGGCAGCAUGGGCGGCGGCGGCGGCAGUCUCGGCGGCACGCCGCGCGGCCUCAGCCGCGCCGGUAGCGCCAGCGGCCUGCGCUCGCCACUGCUGCCGCCGCCGUCGCUGCCGUUACAAGCAGCCGGCGGCGGCGGGCUGGGCGGCGGCGGCGGCGACCCGCGGCUCGCGAUGCUGCUGCUCCUGCAGAACCAGCACCGGCACUCGGCCGCAGCGGCGCCGGGCUGCGGGCAGCCCUGCGGCCACGACCACGCGCACACGGACCCGCAGCGGCCGCGCAGCCGCCGCCACUCGCUGGAUCCCAACUACAGCCACAGCCACAGCCACGGUCACGGGCAGGGCUGCGGUCACGCGCACGACUACGGCUGCGGGGAUAACCCGAACCACGGCGGCCACCAGGGCCACUCCCACCACCACUGCUGCCACCUUGACCACGACAGUCACGGCUCGCACGCCUCACAAGGCCGGCCGCAGCAACACAGUCAGCAGCAGCUCAUGCGCAAUGGCAGCGGGACGCAAAGCCACGGCCACGGCCACCACGGCCACCACGGCCACGGCCACGGCCACGCGCACGGCAUCCGGCCGCGGUUUCGCUUCAUGCACGGGGUGGUGCUGCUGGUGGCGCUGGCGCUUCACACCAUGUUGGAAUGCAUUGCACUGGGCCUGGUGUCCUCGCGCCCGCAGUUCCUGGUCCUGUUCGCGGCCGUGGCCAGCCACAAGGCCGUCAGCGCGUUGGCGCUCAGCAGCCGCUUCCUCAAGGAGGGAGCCAGCCUAGGGCAGGUGACGCGCUACGUGGGGCCGUUCUGCCUGGUGGCGCCCGCCUCCAUCCUGCUGGGUGUGUACGUGGGGGCGGUGGCGCCCGCACUCAGCCUGCUGUUCAGCUGCUUUGCCACUGGCACAUUCAUUUACGUGGGCGCGUCCGAGGUGAUUAUGGAGGAGUUUGAGGGCGAGAUGCGCGCUGACCGACGCGACAUAUCCACACAUACAGCCCGCUACGCCAAGUUCGGGGCGGUGCUUGUGGCGGUCGCGGCAGUGGCGGCCAGCGGCCUACUGCCUGAGCACCACCACUAAUAAGCGCGUGUCACCGCUGGGCCUCCCCUGCCAUUGAGCGUGUAUAGGCGAGGUAAGAUGGAGUGACGUAAGGGCGCGCUGGGCGCUUGCAGCAGCGAGCUGGGCAGGGUGUGAUGGGCGGAGUGCGGGCGGAGGUUGGAGUGUAGAGGCGGCAAGAACGCUGCCGUAGAGACAGAGCUAGAGAUCGCCGGGCGAGUCAUCAGUCAAUGUGUGUAAGCAAUGCGGCUAGGCUGGCAUACAACGACAAACUGGUAGUUAUUACCGUAGACAGGCGUAUGGGCCAGCUUGGCAAGCAACUCAUUUACCCCGCAUAGGUUGUCAGACCUCGACGUUUGCAUGUGCCCGAACCCUUAGGCAGCUAAGGGUGGUCUAGGUUGCCUCUUGAGACUUAAGCGGGUGGUAGUGGCAACAUUGUUGACAGUGUUUCAGUCGCAUGACUCACGAACACGUCCGGAGCAGGGCGAGGAGCACUGGUGCGGCUGGCCAGCACAGUUUCUCUGGCUGUUUCUUGUGCACCGCUUCUUGGGCUCUUCGCACGUCUUCACGACAUGCUUCCCGUUGACAGAUGACUAACACCAGCGCGCCUGGAGCUGGUCUAUGGAGCCUGCGUCUGGCUUCCGCCGUGGCACCAAAUUACCUGUCUGGAGCCAUGGGCGAAAACCGGGAUGGCCCCAAGAUGGCCCUUCCAAGGGCCGCUCACUUUUUUGGCUUCCUGGUCCCCUCCCCGAGGCAUAGUCGUUUAACAAGUCCUAUACC